GUGAGAGAGUGAGUGAGUGAGUGAGCUGUGAGGUGGCACAGUGCUGGAGGGGCCGCUGAUCUACCGGUUUUACAGACAGCCCCAAAAGAGGAAUUACCUGUCGGUCGGGCUCUCGGCGGCGCAGAGCCACCGCACCGACUUGAAAGUCCAGUUUCGCAAGAAGAAGCGCCGGGGAGAGCCGCACAAAUAUGUCACAGGAGACGGACAACAAGCGCUUGGUGGUGGUUCUACAGAAUGAUUCAAACUUCCAUCCCAGACGUGCUUAUACAAGUGAAGACGAGGCCUGGAAAUCCUACCUUGAAAAUCCUUUGACAGCUGCCACAAAAGCAAUGAUGAGCAUCAAUGGAGAUGAAGACAGUGCCGCAGCCUUGGGAUUGCUUUAUGAUUAUUACAAGGUUCCCAGGGAUAAGCGACUGUUGCCAAUAGGUAAAGUAGCUGAUGUGCAGGACGAACAAGAAAAAAGGAAUUGCCUCGGAGCAUCUGAUAACCAGGCUGAUCUUGAAGUGCAGGACAACCGAGUUCAAGUUCUGAAGUCGCUUCCAGUGAAUCUGUCUUUGCAUCCAGAACAUCUAGAUGUUUCUAAGAGGGAAGCAUAUGGUCCAAGUGCAGCCCCGAACACGCCAGUGUCGGUUGCAGGGGUGGCUGUGGUGAGCAUCAAAACCGAGGCUUACCCUGGAAACUACUCUGCGCUCCUGCCCCCUUCAGUGCAUUACAGAGGAGCUGAAAGCGAUGAGCAAAGAGCUGUAAUCUUCGAGCAGAGUCUGAGUAACAAUCAAUAUGAGGUGCUCACGGUGACACACAGCAACUACCCCAAAGAUGACCAACGCAGCUCACCUGACAGCACCUACAGUGAAACGUUUAAGGAUGGAAUGACAGAGAAGUAUCGCAGCCCAUCGUUGGGAGCAGAAGAAUUCAUCUAUGAGCAAACAGGAGGAGAUUCCUUCCAGUACAUGUUGGAGGCCACAAAAUCGCUACGACAGAAGCAGGGGGAGGGCCCUAUGACCUACCUGAAUAAAGGACAGUUUUACGCCAUAACACUCAGGGAGACUGGAGCCAAUAAAUGCCUUCGCCACCCAAUCACCAAAGUUAGGAGUGUAAUAAUGGUGGUAUUCAGUGAAGAUAAGAACCGAGAUGAGCAGUUGAAGUAUUGGAAAUACUGGCAUUCACGUCAGCACACUGCCAAACAGAGGGUCCUUGAUAUUGCCGAUUACAAGGAGAGCUUUAACACCAUUGGAAAUAUCGAAGAGAUCGCCUAUAACGCCAUAUCCUUUACUUGGGAUGUCAAUGAAGAAGCCAAGAUUUUCAUCACCGUGAACUGCCUGAGCACUGACUUCUCCUCUCAGAAGGGGGUCAAAGGGCUUCCUCUUAUGAUUCAGAUUGAUACGUACAGCUACAACAAUCGAAGCAACAAACCCAUCCACCGAGCUUACUGCCAGAUCAAAGUGUUCUGUGACAAGGGAGCUGAGCGGAAAAUCCGAGAUGAAGAACGGAAGCAGAACCGAAAGAAAGGGAAAGGAUCGGGAACAAGCAGCCAAAUAGCAUCAACACCAGAAGGCAAGCUGAACACCAUGUCCCCACAGAAGAAGAACGACACUACUUUCUUCAAGACUAUGACAGACCUGGAUUCCCAGCCUGUUCUCUUCAUACCAGAUGUUCACUUUGGUAACCUACAACGCAGUGGUCAGAUGUACAGUGUCGCAACAGAUGAUAUGGAGAGGGAAGGUGUCUUUGUAAAAAGGAUGUUCCGGUCAAUAGAGGAUGAGUAUCCCCCAACAACACCCAAGCGGAUAAGAGAAGAAGGGUAUAAAAAAGUGUUGCUGUACGUACGGAAAGAGUCCGAUGAGGUGUUUGAUGCUCUUAUGCUGAAGUCUCCAACAGUGAAGGGGCUGAUGGAUGCAUUAUCUGAUAAAUAUGGGUUUGCAGUAGAGAAGAUCGAAAAGAUUUAUAAGAAAAGUAAAAAAGGCAUUUUGGUGAAUAUGGAUGACAACAUCAUCGAACACUACUGCAAUGAAGACACUUUCAUUCUUAACAUUGAGAACACAGGCGAGAGCUUCAAAAUCAUGCUGACUGAAAUUUAACAGGAAAUAAGAAUGGCUUCCAAUAAUAACACAGUCAACAUCUGCCUCGAGAGUGGAUGAAAACUUAAGCAUUUCUCAGUUACAAACAAGAUUACUGAUGAACUGGUACUCCACAGUCAAGAGGACAAUACUUAAGAUAUCAAUGAACUCAGCUGGUAUUUUCUUUUGAUGUUACUUCACAAUGUACAAACAUUAGCUGUUUUAAUAGUUCUAAAAUAUUGUCUCAGAGUACAGAUGAAGGUGUUCUUCAGCUCAAAAGGCAAUAGAUUUUAGUAUUUAGCCAGUAUGGGUGUCCACCCUGAAUUUACCUGGUAUAAUUCUCCCACCACUAUUGACCACCAUCGGCAUUUGAUUUGUGGAAAAUUCCUUGACGCAAUCUCAUCCCAUUUCUCCACACUGGAUUCAGCAGGGAAGUACUGCAUGAGGCAGGAUUUGGACAUUAAUGUACACAGGUUGCUGCUUCAUUUGUUUUUACAAUCCGAGAACGAUAAGACUUUUUGCAUUUCCCUGCAAUGGUUAGAACUUCCAGUCAUGUGAUUGUACAUGUUCAUAUUACAGAAUGACCUACACCUUACACUCCAGUGAGCCACCUCAGUGCACUCUUUGCCUUGGUUCUCCCAAGUAGCAUUACGAGGGCCAAGUUAGAUCUUUAUUAGAAUUUGAGAGACACAGAAAUAGAAAAUAGCAUUAUCAUUGUAAAAAUGUCUAUAAUGUGCAAUAUUAAAUUUUACAUAAUAGGGCAUGUUUACUGCCGGUAUGCUUUCUUUGGGUUGAGGGUUUUCAUAGGCAUGGCUUUUCAUAUAUAAAUAUAUAAAAAAGUUUCCUUUUUGUUUAUAUAUUAGGUUUUACUAGCACCACAUGAAUUUGCAGAAUAACUGUAUAAACUGUUAUCCAGGGUAUUUAAAGGAUUUGGGAAACUUGAAUGUUUUUACAAAUUAAGAAAAACUGUAUACAAGGGCGAUAUUUUUGCAAAUGGGGAGUCGGGAUCUUUCAGACUUUAAAAAAGACAGUUGUAUUUUAUUUUUUGUACAUUUUUUUAUUAUUAAGAGCAAAAUAAACUCCAGAAUAUGAGUGAA